GCCGGAGUGCGCGGCCACUUGUCGACAAUGCUGUCCUGCUCGCCCUCGGGUAAUCUGCUAGGAUGUUACCAGCCUCCUGCAUGAGAGAGCAUUUCGGGGCGAGCGACGGGAUGUCGAGCCCGCCGGACGUGGGCGGGAUAGACCGGCGCCGUGUGAAACAGCCUGAAAACGGGCAGGAGACGCCGUGCUGUCACCGAGGGAGCGGUCGAGAUUGGACCUGCGAGCGCCAGGCUCAAAAGGCGAGGACAGUGCACGUCGUCUCCCAGCUCUGUCCCCUAAUUCCCAGCAGAGAAUCCGUUCCCUACCUUCUCUAUUCUACGGUCCUUUAACCCCGUCUUCACAACCCCUCAGUAACGCUCUCUCAAACGCUACAUACCAUGUUCGCCGUCGCCAGCCUCCUUGCCUUCGCCGCCUCCGCCGCCGCCCUCUCCGUCACCCAGCCCUCCAACAGCACCGGCUGGACUACCAGCGGCCCGAACGCGGUCACUUGGUCCUCUGUGUCUACGGACAGGAGCAACUUCACGGUUGUUCUCAACAAUCAGAACAGUUACCCUGCCUACACAGAGGUUCUUGACGCCCUUGUCGUCACCAGCGACGGCAGCGUCACCGUGAAUCCGCCCAGCGGUGGCUGGGUCGCCGGCAGCGGCUACCGCGUCAACUUCGUCCAGGACUCGAACGAUCUGAACGCCAUCCUCGCUCAGUCGGAGGACUUCACCAUUACUCAGAGCUCUUCGAGCACCUUCACCAGCGGUGCCUCCACUGCGUCCAGCUCGGCGUCGUCUUCUGGCUCUGUGUCGGUCACCGCCCCUGGCUCCUCGGCCACUGACUCGUCUGCCAGCGGCACUGACUCCUCUGCGGGCACCUCUGCUUCCUCUGCAAGCGGCAGCUCUUCUUCCACGAACGCCGCGCCUGGCCUCAACGUCCAGACCGGAGUCUUCGGUCUCCUCGCCCUCCUGGGUGUCGCCCUUGCUUAAACGGAGUAGACAAACAUGGACUUCACCUCCCCACUAGCGUUACUCUUGGGCUUCUCGUUUUGUGACUACUGGACACUCUAGAAUAA